UAAUCGACUUUUUACACUUUAACUCUCACUGUACUUGCCUUCUUUUCUCCCGCUCUUGUUCUCCCCUUUUUAAAUUUAUAUAUAUAUAUAUUUUAAUCCAGACAUCCGGAAUGUCCGGUUAUCAGUGAGGACUAUCACUUUUCUUCGAAGGCGGCCGGCGCCAUGGCCUUCUCGUUCUGCGGAGACGACCAGACGUUCAACUCCUACAGCGUGAAGGGCGGCGUGUUCAACAAUGGCUGCUUCGUGGACGCCCUCAACCUGGUGCCCCACGUCUUCCUGCUCUUCAUCACCUUCCCCAUCCUCUUCAUCGGUUGGGGCAGCCAGAGCUCGAAGGUCCAGAUCCAUCACAACACGUGGCUCCACUUCCCCGGCCACAACAUGCGGUGGAUCCUCACCUUCUCGCUGCUGUUCGUCCACGUCUGCGAGUUCGCCGAGGGCAUCGUCUCCAAUAAGAUGAUGAGUACCAACCACCUGCAUCUCUUCAUCCCGGCCUUCAUGGGUUUCAUAGCGGCCACAACCUCCGUGGUUUACUACCACAACAUCGAGACGUCCAACUUCCCCAAACUGCUGCUCGUCCUGUUCGUCUACUGGGUGUUGGCGUUCGUCACAAAGUCCAUCAAGCUGUGCAAGUUCGCCGAGUACAACGUGGGACCUCAGCACCUGAGGUUCUGCAUCACCGCCCUGCUGGUGGUGCUGUACGGACUGCUGAUGGCCGUGGAGAUCAACAUCAUCAGAGUCAGGAAAUACGUGUUCUACGCCAACCCCCAAAAGGUGAAACCUCCAGAAGAUCUGCAGGAUUUGGGGGUUCGCUUCCUGCAGCCGUUCGUCAACCUGCUGUCCAAGGCGACGUAUUGGUGGAUGAAUCCUCUCAUCAUGGGAGCCCAUAAGAGGCCCAUCGAGCUGAAGAAGAUCGGCAAGCUGCCCAUCGCCAUGCGAGCCAUCACCAACUACCUCCGGCUCAAAGACGCCUACGAGGACCAGAGGACGGCGGAGGAUCCGAACCACGCCCCGUCGAUCUGGCGCUCCAUGUAUCGAGCGUUUGGCCGUCCCAUCCUGCUCAGCAGCGCCUUCCGCUACCUGGCCGACCUGCUGGGCUUCGCCGGGCCGCUCUGCAUCUCCGGCAUCGUGAAGUACCACGGGAUGAACACCACCAACUCCUCGACGGCCGGCGACAAACACUUCGGCGUGCACUUCAUGUCCUCCACCGAGCUGCUGCAGGACACCUCGGUGCUCGCCGUGCUCCUCUUCCUCGCUCUGGUGCUGCAGAGGACCUUCCUGCAGGCCUCGUACUACGUCACCAUAGAAACCGGCAUCAACCUGCGGGGCGCCCUGCUGGCGAUGAUCUACAACAAGAUGCUGCGUCUGUCCACCUCCAACAUGUCGAUGGGCGAGAUGACGCUGGGCCAGAUCAACAACCUGGUCGCCAUCGAGACCAACCAGCUGAUGUGGUUCCUCUUCCUCUGCCCCAACCUGUGGGCCAUGCCCGUACAGAUCGUGAUGGGCGUGAUCCUGCUCUACUACCUGCUGGGCGCGAGCGCUCUGGUGGGCGCGUCCGUCAUCGUCCUGCUGGCGCCGGUCCAGUACCUCAUCGCCACCAAGCUGGCGGACACGCAGAAGAGCUCACUGGAACACUCCACGGAUCGCCUGAAGAAGACCUCCGAGAUCCUGAAGGGCAUCAAGCUGCUGAAGCUCUACGCCUGGGAGAACAUCUUCUGUGACAGCGUGGAGGACACCAGAGGCAAAGAGCUCACCAGCCUCAGGACCUUCGCCUUCUUCACCUCCAUGUCCAUCUUCAUGAACGCCGCCCUCCCCAUCGCUGCCGUCCUCGCGACGUUUGUGACGCAUCACUUCCUGUACCAGACCGGUCCCACUCCCUCCGAGGCCUUCGCUGCUCUGGCCCUCUUCCACAUCCUGGUCACGCCUCUCUUCCUGCUCUCCACGGUGGUCCGCUUCGCCGUCAAGGCGCUGGUCAGCGUCCAGAAGCUCGGCGAGUUCCUGCAGAGCGACGAAAUCGGAGACGACAGCUGGAGAAACGGAGACAUGUCCGUUUCCAUGGAAGCGGGAAAAAAGAACCUGGGGGGGACCAAAGCCAUCAACAGGAAGCAGCCGAUGCGCUACCAGAUGGACAACUACGAGCAGCCAACCAGGCGCCAGCUGAGGCCCACGGAGACGGAGGAUGUGGCCGUGAAGGUGAGCAACGGAUUCUUCACCUGGGGAAGCAACCUGUCCACGCUGUCCGACAUCAACAUCCGCAUCCCCACAGGUCAGCUGACGAUGGUCGUGGGCCAGGUGGGUUGUGGGAAGUCCUCCCUGCUGCUGGCCAUGCUCGGAGAGAUGCAGACCAUCGACGGACGAGUCUACUGGAGCAAGCUGCCUGAUUAUGAGCCGGCCCACGAGGGGAACAUCAGCAAGAACAGGUACUCCGUGUCCUACGCUACCCAGAAGUCCUGGCUGCUCAACGCCACCGUGGAGGAAAACAUCACCUUCGGCAGCUCCUUCAAUAAACAGAGGUACACGGCGGUGAUCGACGCCUGCUCCCUGCAGCCGGACAUCGACCUGCUGCCCUUCGGGGACCAGACGGAGAUUGGAGAGCGGGGCAUCAACCUGAGUGGCGGCCAGAGGCAGAGGAUCUGCGUGGCCAGAGCGCUCUACCAGAACACCAACAUCGUCUUCCUGGACGAUCCCUUCUCUGCGCUGGACAUCCACCUCAGUGAUCACCUGAUGCAGGAGGGAAUCCUGAAGUUCCUGCAGGAUGACAAACGGACCGUCGUCCUGGUGACCCAUAAACUUCAGUACCUCAUCCAUGCCGACUGGAUCAUCGCCAUGAAGGACGGCUCUGUGCUGAGGGAGGGAACCCUGAAGGACAUCGAGACCCACGACAUCGAGCUGUACGACCACUGGAAGACGCUGAUGAACCGACAGGACCACGGCCUGGAGAAGGACGUACAGCAGGACAGUCAAACCACACUCGAGAGGAAAACACUCAGGAGAGCGUUCUACUCCAGAGAGGCCAAGAACCAAAUGGACGACGAGGACGAAGAGGAAGAAGAGGAGGAAGAAGAUGAUGACAACAUGUCAACAACCACUAACAGAAGAUCAAAGAUCCCGUGGAGGGUGUGCUGGUGCUACCUGUCCUCUGGCGGGUUCUUCAUGGUCUUCCUCAUGGUGUCCUCUAUGCUUCUCAAGCACUCUGUCAUUGUUGCCAUUGACUACUGGUUGGCGAUCUGGACUUCCUCCAAAACCAGUCAGGGCAUCGGAGCAUUUAAUGGCAACGCCACGUUGGCUCCACAGGUCGAGAGCGACUCCCCCUACCUGACGGUGUUCAUCGUCCUGUGUGCGGCUGGAAUCACGUUGUGCCUCAUCACCUCUCUGACGGUGGAGUUUCUGGGUCUCUCUGCAGCCACCCACCUGCACCACAACCUGCUCAACAAGAUCAUCCACGCUCCCAUCAGGUUCUUUGACAUCACUCCUCUGGGCCAGAUCCUCAACAGGUUCUCAGCCGACACCAACAUCAUCGACCAGCACAUUCCCCCCACCCUGGAGUCCCUGACGAGGUCCACGCUGCUCUGCCUGUCGGCCAUCGGGGUCAUCUCCUUCAUCACGCCGGGCUUCCUCCUCACCUUGGUUCCCCUGGCCGUGGCCUUCUACUUCAUCCAGAAGUACUUCCGGGUCGCCUCCAAGGACCUCCAGGACUUGGAUGACUCCACACAGCUUCCUCUGCUCUGCCACUUCUCUGAGACCGCUGAAGGUCUCACCACGAUAAGAGCAUUCAGACACGAGGCUCGGUUCAAACAGCGCAUGCUGGAGCUCACGGACACCAACAACACGGCCUACCUCUUCCUGUCCGCCGCCAACCGCUGGCUGGAGGUCCGCACGGAUUACCUCGGGGCCGUGAUCGUGCUGACGGCGGCCGGAGCCUCCAUCUGGGGCCACAACAUCGGGCUGCCCUCCGGCGGCCUGGUGGGCCUCGCGCUCACCUACGCCCUCACGGUCACCAACUACCUGAACUGGGUCGUGAGGAACCUGGCGGACCUGGAGGUCCAGAUGGCCGCCGUGAAGAAGGUCAACAGCUUCCUGGGCACCGAGUCGGAGAACUACGAGGGAACGAUGGACGCCUCCCAGGUGCCUGACAACUGGCCCCAGAGCGGAGCGAUCAAGAUCCAGGACCUGUGCGUGCGCUACGACCCGAACCUGAAGCCGGUUCUGAAGCACGUCAACAUUUCCAUCGAGCCGGGCCAGAAGGUGGGGAUCUGCGGCCGCACCGGCAGCGGGAAGUCCUCCCUGUCGCUGGCCUUCUUCAACAUGGUGGACAUCUUUGAAGGGCAGAUCGUCAUCGACGGGAUCGACAUCUGUAAACUCCCCCUGCAGAUGCUCCGCUCCAGACUCUCCAUCAUCCUGCAGGACCCCGUGUUGUUCAGUGGGUCCAUCAGGUUUAAUCUCGACCCCGAGAGGACGUGUACCGACGACCGCCUCUGGGAGGCGCUAGAGAUCGCCCAGCUGAAGAACAUGGUGAAGGCGCUGCCCGGAGGACUCGACGCCGUGGUCACCGAAGGAGGAGAGAACUUCAGCCUCGGCCAGCGGCAGCUCUUCUGUCUGGCCCGGGCCUUCGUGAGGAAGAGCAGCAUCCUCAUCAUGGACGAGGCCACGGCCUCCAUCGACAUGGCAACGGAGAACAUCCUCCAGAAAGUCGUGAUGACGGCGUUCGCCGACCGAACGGUGGUCACGAUCGCGCACCGCGUUCACACCAUCCUGACGGCCGACCUCGUCAUCGUGAUGAAGAGGGGGAACAUCCUGGAGUACGACAAGCCAGAGACGCUCCUGGAGCAGGAGGACGGGAUGUUCGCCUCCUUCGUCAGGGCCGACAUGUAGACCUCUUCUUCUUCUCCUUUUUCUCCUUCUUCCUCCUCCUCCUUUUUCUCCUUCUUCGUCUUCUUUUUUUUUUUUUUUACUUCUUCUUUUUCUUCUCCUCCUCCUCCUCUGUGACACGGCCACAUUGAGCCCCUCAUGUGGGUCUUGAAUAAACUUUAACGAUCACCAGUUGAUAAAUAUAUUGGAACAUGAACUUUAAACUUAUAUUUUAUGGCCUUAAAUCUCUCGUGUAUGAAUCUAAUCUUCUGAUUUCCUAAAACAACAUUUACAAUAAGAGAAACACAGGAUAUACCCCGACUUUUCAAAAUAAGACUUCAGGUGUCAAACCGAGUGCAGAGACUGAGUUUUAAUUAAAUAGAUUUUAGAUUUUAGGUCCUUUACAAAGUCUUUAAUCAUCUUGUUUAAAACAUGUAUUAACUUUAUUUGUUUGUGUAUGUCGUGAUAAUAAUGAAUUGUAUUUAUAAACUUUUGUACUGGAGGCUCUUCGUGAACGUUUUGAUACCAGAAUUUCAGAUUUGAGACUUUUUAACUCUUUGUAUAGAAGUGAGGUCUCACUCUGCAGCUGUUUCUAGAAACCACGAACCUCCGAGUCACGACUUCUGGGACAACGAAAAUCCACACGCAGGAUUUACUGAUAUUUUUGACGCCUGCUUUAAAAGAGUUUUAUAACAACAAGCUUCUUUUUUCUUUUCUUUAUUUCGGGCCAUUUUAGGUCCAGAAUUAUAAAUAUAAUCCAUCACAGAAUAACUCAAUGUCUCAGAUGACAGUGGUAUAUUUAUGAGAGAUUAAACCUAAAAUAUUUUCUUGAGGUUAUAAAGUCAUAAACUCACAAUAAAUGAAACUAUCUGAGAUUUAAGUCACAUUAUUGUUCUGACUGAAAAAUACACAUUUGUGUUUUUCUUCAUGAACAAAAAUAAAUAUUAUUUCCCACUGAAAUGUGUAAAUAUGUGAUUUUAGGAAUGCUUCUAGUUUCUUUAAAUGUUUGUAUUUUAAACUAAAAAGGGCUUUAAGGUUGUCGUAGUUUAUUAUUAUUAUCAUGUGUUGUACUUUAUUAGCUUUAGAACAAACUGAACCUGUUGAACAUUUGUGCUUUUACACCCCAAAAAACAUUUUUAAAGUCUUUAAAAGGUUUUUAGCCUUUAGAAAAAACGCUUUUAGCUUUUAAUUAGACUUUCAAUUAAGUACGAUGAACUUUAUUGCCAACCGAGGUCUGUGAUUGGUCUAUGCAAACCAUUAGCAGCAUGUCACAUGACUUCACUCUCGCUCGUUAGCUUAGUUUAGCACAAACACUAGAUCUGGGUCUAAAGAGUCAUAUUUAUACUCCCAGUUAAUAUUUAUAUGAAGUUAUUAGUUUACAAAUGUUGAGCUAAAUGUAAAAACUGCAAAUUCAACUAAAAAGGUUUUAACAUUUGAAUCUUCAGCUGUUGUUUCCACUCGUCUCCACUAGGCGGCGCUGUCGUCCCUUUUGUGUAAUUACAGUUGAUUAUACUAGCGUAGCUUUUAGAGGAGAUCUUUAAAAGUUUCAUACAUCUUAUUUGUUUUAAUGUGUGUGUGUGUGUGUCUUGACUUUUAAACGUAAUAGAUUUAAUUCAAUUUAACUUUUGGAGAACUCUGAUGGAACUUAAUUAAUUAAGGGUCGACGUUGACUGUUAAAUGCAUGAAACACCAAGUGAACAUCACACACACACACACACACACACACGGUCAGAUUGCUUGAACUUGAACAGAUAUCAUUUUGAUUUGUUUGUAUUAAUGUGUUUGUGUACAUUCUGUAUAUCCAAGACUUUUUAAACAUACAUCACAUAUUAUUAUUAUUAUUAUUAUUAUUGUGUGCUAGAUUUUUUUUUUGUAUGCUUGAAAUGACAAUAAAAUGUUCUUUUGAGUGAAA